UAGGCUAUUUUUAAGUAUUUUUUUUAGGAUGUUUUUUUUCUAGAUGCACCAAGAUGGCAUCUUCGUCUAGUGGUGGAUCUAUUGAGAUCCCUCUUAGGGAUACAGAUGAGGUAAUAGAGUUAGACUUUGAUCAGUUACCUGAAGGAGAAGAAGUAUUGAGUAUUCUGCGUCAGGAAGCUGCUCCACUGCACAUAUGGGUUACUCUAGCUUUGGAGUAUUGGAAACAGAGUAAACCAGAAGACUUUGUCAAAAUUUUGGAAGCCUCCCGUACAGAUGCAAGCUUAGACUAUGCCAAUUUUGAGAAAGACCAGAUGCGCUCUCUGGACACGCUGGCGGCUUACUAUGUACAGCAAGCACACAAAGAGAAAAACAAAGAUAAGAAAAGGGAACUCUUCAUGAAGGCUACUUUACUGUACACUACUGCUGAUAGGAUCAUCAUGUACGACCAAAAUCAUUUACUUGGUCGUGCCUACUUCUGCUUGUUAGAAGGUGAUAAGAUGGAUCAGGCAGACGCUCAGUUUAACUUUGUCUUGAAUCAGUCCAGCAACAAUAUCCCAUCAUUACUGGGUAAAGCCUGCAUUGCUUUUAACAAGAAAGACUACAGAGGUGCACUGGCCUACUAUAAGAAAGCUCUGCGAACUAACCCUACCUGCCCAGCUUCAGUCAGGCUUGGGAUGGGUCACUGCUUUGUAAAACUCAAUCGUCUCAAUAAAGCUAGAAUGGCCUUUGAGAGAGCUCUCCAGCUUGACCCCAAUUGUGUUGGUGCUCUUGUUGGUCUGGCCAUAUUGGAGCUCAACUCUAAAACGCAAGAAUCUAUCAAGAAUGGUGUGCAGCUGUUGUCUAAGGCCUACACAAUUGAUUCCUCAAACCCUAUGGUUCUAAAUCAUCUUGCCAACCAUUUCUUCUAUAAAAAGGAUUACCAAAAAGUUCAACAUUUAGCUCUUCAUGCUUUCCACAACACAGAGAAUGAAGCAAUGAGAGCUGAGAGUACCUACCAACUAGCCAGGGCUUUUCAUGUUCAGGAGGACUAUGACCAGGCUUUCCAGUAUUACUAUCAGUCCACUCAGUUUGCUCCUGCCAACUUUGUCCUGCCAUUUUUUGGUUUGGGUCAGAUGUAUAUAUUCAGAGGAGACAGUGAAAAUGCUGCUCAAUGUUUUGAAAAAGUUCUUAAAGCCCAACCUGGCAACUAUGAAACUAUGAAAAUUUUGGGAUCUUUGUAUGCCAAUCAUUCAGACCAAGAGAAACGAGACAUUGCCAGGCAACAUAUGAAAAAAGUCACAGAGCAGUUCCCUGAUGAUGUAGAAGCCUGGAUUGAACUGGCUCAGAUCAUGGAGCAGACAGAUGUGCAAGGUGCUUUAUCAGCCUAUGGCACAGCUACUCGAAUCUUGAAAGAGAAAGUAGAAGCUGAUAUUCCCCCUGAGAUUCUGAACAAUGUGGCAGCUCUACACUUUAGACUGGGCAACUUUGAGGAUGCUAGGAAAUACUAUGAAGCCUCCCUGGAGCGGUCAAAGACAGAUGCCCAACAUGAUGAGACCUAUUAUAGUGCUAUCUCUGUGACCACGACCUACAAUCUGGCUCGUCUGUAUGAGGCACUGCAUGAGUAUGACAAGGCUGAUAAAUUUUAUAGGAACAUCUUGAGAGAUCACCCUAACUAUGUUGAUUGCUACUUGCGACUUGGCUGUAUGGCUAGAGAUAGAGGACAGAUAUAUGAGGCUUCAGAUUGGUUCAAAGAAGCACUGCAGAUUAAUCAAGACCAUCCUGAUGCCUGGUCACUGAUUGGUAAUCUCCAUUUAGUUAAGCAAGAGUGGGGACCUGGGCAGAAGAAAUUUGAACGAAUCUUGCAGCGUCAAGCCACGAAGGAUGAUGCUUACUCCCUUAUUGCCCUGGGAAAUGUCUGGCUUCAGACUCUACAUCAGCCAAUGAGAGACAGAGAAAAGGAAAAACGUCACCAAGACAGAGCACUGGCUAUGUACAAACAAGUUCUAAGAAAUGACCCAAGAAACAUUUGGGCUGCUAAUGGUAUAGGAUGUGUCUUGGCCCACAAGGGCUGCAUCAAUGAAAGCCGAGAUGUUUUUGCCCAAGUUCGUGAAGCCACUGCUGAUUUUUGUGACGUUUGGCUAAACAUUGCUCACAUCUAUGUUGAACAGAAACAGUAUGUUGCAGCUGUUCAGAUGUACGAAAACUGCCUGAAAAAGUUUUUCAAGUGUCACAACAUGGAAGUGAUGAUGUACCUGGCCAGAGCUUAUUUUAAAUGUGGAAAACUGGCAGAAUGUAAACAGACUUUAUUAAAAGCCCGUCAUGUAGCCCCUAACGACACAGUACUGUUGUACAAUAUAGCUUUGGUGCAACAGAAACUGGCCACAAUGAUCCUCAAAGAUGAAAAGAGUAACUUGAAGAAAGUCUUGAUAGCUGUGAGAGAUCUGGAGCUGGCUCACAGAUACUUUACCUAUCUAGGUCAACAUGGUGACAGAAUGAAGUUUGACUUGGCUCAAGCUGCUGCUGAAGCUCAACAAUGUUCUGACUUGUUGAGUCAGGCUCAGUACCAUGUAGCCAGAGCUAGAAAGAUUGAUGAGGAGGAGAAAGAGAUCAGGAAGAGACAGGAAGAGGAGAUGGAGGCAAUCAAACAGAAACAACUCAGUGAACAGCUUGAGAAACUGAAGCAGAAAGAAGAACUGGAGAAGAAGAUGUUGGAACAGAGAGCUGUGUUUGUGGAGAAAGCCAAGAAAAUCAACUUGGAGCCAGAGCCAGAGGACAGACCACGCAAGUCUGGUGGCAAGAGGUCCAAAAGAGCAGAGGAUGGUGAAAUCUUGUCUGAAGGAAGUGAAGAUGACAGGCCUAGGAAGAAAAAGAAGAAGAGGUCUUCCAGUAUGUCUGGGGAAGAGGAGGAGGAAGGAGGAGAGAAGAGGAAAAAGAAGAAGACUAAGAGGAGAUCAAAGAAAGAUGAUUUUGUCAAUGACAGCGAUGAUGAGAAUGAUGACAGAGGCGACCGUAAGAGGCGCAAGAAAGGUAGAGGAGAAAAGAAGAAAAAGCAGAAAGACGAGGAUGAUGGGCUGACGGCCAAACAGAGACGUAAAAUUGUCUCCAAAGCUGUCAUCUCCUCUAGUGAAGGCUCUGACUCAGACACCAGGAAGAAGAGAUUGGAAAGCAGUGGAAGUGAACGGGAAGAGGUCGGUGUUCGAAGGCGAAGAAUUCUGGGAAGUGAUAGUGAAGAUGGUGGAGGUAGUAGAAAAUCUGGCUCUGAAUCAAACAGAAGUCGUUCAAGAUCUAGGUCAGGCUCAGAGAGAAAAUCCAAGUCAAGAUCUCGAUCCAAGUCAGGUUCUCGGUCCAAGUCUAGAUCUGUGUCUAGGUCAAGGUCACGUUCCAAAUCAAGGUCUAGAUCUAAGUCCAGAUCACGUUCCAAAUCUGCUGGAAGCAACAGAUCUAGAUCAAGAAGUGGCUCACGGUCUGGGGGAGAAGGAAAUAAAUCUGGGUCAGAGGCUGGCAGGUCACCUCCCAGGUCUAAUGCUGGGUCAGAUGCUGAGGGCAGUGACAGGGCAGCAAAGUCAGGUAGUGAACGUGGAGGUGGCAGUGAAGCUGGCUCUGGCGAUGAAAGAGAUUAGAGAGUCAAUGAAAACUUUUUUUUUUGUAUUGCUUGUAACUGUCGUUUUAACUUUGUCUUUAAGUUGUUGUUUUUUUUUGUUCAAAAGUAUACAGUUUUAGAGUAAAUAAAUUUUACCCGUAUAAAUAAUAAACCAGGUGGAUUUGUGGUCCCUAUUUGUUGUUUGUUCCAUAUAUGACUGGAAAUACUAGUAUUGGCUUGAAGAUUGUACACUGUUUUUGUUGAUGAUUGUAAAUUGACUGACCAAGUUUAAUAAACAGUUGAUAUCUA